AGAGGCAUGUUCCUCAGGCAGAGCCGGCUCUACAAGCCGCCAAGGACGACUGUUGACUGCACAUCAUGGCACGCCGCCAGCUGGCGCUGGCGGCCGCCACCCUCCAUUUGUUAGUCUGUUUUGCAGAUGGCAAACAGAUGAACCAUGCACCAAGCAGCGUGACGAGGAUCACACCCAACUCCGUGACCGCCAAAUUAGCGACGGAGAUCACCUUCACUGGGGCGAAGGAUGGAGACAAGGUGCAGUUUGCACUCCACUGCGGGAAAGUGACCUCUCCUUCCUCAACCAUCGAGGGAGGCAAAGCAACGAUCACCAUAGAGGAUGAAGCUGAAGUGCUAAAGCUUUGCUACCAGGCUGAAGGCCACGCAGUUGUGGAGGAACAGACGAGCGUCACUUUAGCGGUUGUCUCACCCACUGACACAGGCGCAGUCACGAAGCUCAUCCCAAGCACUGUCACUCAAGGUACAGCCACCCCAAUUACUCUCACAGGGGCUGCGAAAGCAGCCAAGGCAGUCUUCGUCCCAGUGAGAGCGAAUUGUCGAGACGCUGUGCCGAACGUGGACAUAGACCGGACCGGAAAGGGUGUCUUCACCAUCGAAGGUCCCGGUGGGAAUUAUAAGCUUUGCUAUCAAGCUCCCGGUGGUGGCGACUCAGUGGAGCAGAACCCCGAAACCGGGGCCAUUGCCCUACUGGUGGAGCAGGUUGAGGCCACCAAUGAGAAUCACAUCACUUCGAUUAGCCCAGCCACCGUGACCUCCAAUGUGGCCACCACACUGAAGCUUGCUGGCGCGAAGCAGGGAGACAAGGCAAAAUUCAUUGCAGGGACCUCCUCAUGUGAGGCGGAAACACCACCGGAUAAGGAUAUAGGUGCUGGGCAUGCCUCCUUCAUCGUGAGCGGCGCUGGCACUUAUGUCCUUUGUGUGACAGCCAAAGGAGCUUCCGAUUCUGUCCAGCAGGAAGGCAUCACUUUGACAGUGAUAGCUGCGGGUGCAGCAAGGAACAUGGUGGGCCGGUGGAGCAGCAAGCAAGGGGCCGUGGACUGCUCCAAGUUAUCACAGGUUCCCUAUUGCAGCUCUCAAGGCAGUAGCACCUGUGAUGGCAGCUUUGCCAUUCAGUCAGGCAUUGGCUACAAGUGCUUUUGGAACACAGCCAUUUGGCCUCCCAAGUGCGAUGCCGACAUGUCCACCGAAGAGCGAGGGAUGAUUUGCCAGUCCAAUUCCUGUGGUGGCUCACCGGCCAUGUGCUGGUAAGGCUCGCGCACAUCCUCUGAGCUUCCAUCGCUAAAUGUCGAUGAAGCUGAUCCGCACCAUGGAGAGACUCAUGCUAGACCAGAAAGAGGAUGGUUUUGGUGCAUAUUCACAGGCGAUCCUGUUUCAUAUGGGCUUCUGGACUUUUGGUUUCUAGCCUGCAAUUGACUCAACACAGCUGGACGCC